AUGAGAGAUUUGGCGAAUAACACUUCACUUGGACCAAAGUGGAUUGUAUUGGAUGGCGACAUUGACCCAAUGUGGAUAGAAUCUCUGAAUACCGUAAUGGAUGACAACAAAGUCUUGACCUUGGCUAGCAAUGAGCGAAUUCCGCUUACUCCAUCUAUGCGCUUACUAUUUGAAAUUAGCCACUUGAAAACUGCAACGCCAGCUACUGUGUCCAGAGCUGGGAUCCUAUUCCUUAAUCCUGGUGAUUUGGGAUGGGCACCGUAA